AUGGCUAGCGCAGACCCUCCAGCUCUUGGCAGCGCUCCACAACUUCGCGGCAACGACGACCAGGUUGACGACGCCAGCCCUGAAGAUGCAGAUGGGCGUGGUCGAGGGAAAGAAAGCGAAAGUGGCCCUGUGCUGCCUAUGCUGGAAGAACAACGGAGUUCUGAAAAUGAAUUCUGCACUACAGGUCUCCGUCUAUUCUUCAUCCUCAGCUCGUUGCUUGUAUCUGUGUUCUGCCAGGCGAUUGAUGAUACGAUAAUCGCGACUGCGAUCCCACCAAUUACAGACUAUUUUCGCCGUCUCAGCCACGUCGGCUGGUAUGGAUCUGUUUAUCUUCUAACGAACUGCGCCUUUCAGCUAUUCUAUGGCAAACUGUACAAAAUCUUUCCGCUACGAUGGGUUUUCAUGAGCUCCCUCUUCAUCUUUGAGCUCGGUUCGUUGAUUGCUGCGGUAGCACCCAAAAGCGAAACAUUAAUUGCUGGCCGCGCUGUUGCCGGUAUAGGUGCAGCCGGAAUAACAAGUGGUGCGAUGACUAUCAUGGCUCAUACGGCGCCAGUCCGCUGGCGCCCAACGUUUACUAGUUUGAUAGGCGCUGUGUAUGGAAUCGCAAGCGUUGUUGGUCCAAUACUGGGGGGAGCCCUUGCCGAAAAAGUCAGCUGGCGAUGGAUAUUUUAUCUAAAUCUCCCCUUUGGUGGUGCUUCGGCGCUGACACUGCUACUCUCGCUGAAAAAUCUGCCGCCCAGCGCCAAUGGACAGCGCCUGCCCUUCGCCGUUAUGCUCAGGCGGCUGGAUGUGGUAGGCACAUUCACCUUUGUUGCGAGCAUUGCAUGUCUCCUUACAGCACUGCAAUACGGUGGAACAACGGCCCCGUGGUCGUCAGGUUUUGUCAUUGCCCUACUGACGUUGUUUUCCGUACUAUUUGCCACAUUCGUUCUGGCUCAAGUCUUACAAAACGAUAAAAAUGCAACAAUCCCAAAACACAUAGCGAAAAACAGAAAUAUGGUCUUUGGAGCCACGUUCGCAAUUUGUCAAGGCGGUGCUUUCAACAUCUUCAUUUUUUACUUGCCGCUAUACUUUCAAAUUAUAAAGGACGCGAGUCCAAUCAGGUCUGGUAUCAAUUACCUGCCUCUAAUUCUAGUCAAUACGGUUGGAAUUAUCGCAGCAGGGCUCCUAACCACAAAAGUUGGCUAUUACAUGCCAUGGAUCUGGUUCUCAAGCAUAGCAAUGCCCAUCGGCGCCGGUCUUCUAACCACAUUACGAGUAGACUCUACCGCCAGCCAAUGGGUAGGAUAUCAGUUCUUAUUUGCUAUUGGGUCUGGAUUCGGCUUACAACAGCCAUUUGUGGCCGCGCAGACUGCUCUGCCUCUCGAAGAAGUUAGCACUGGCACAGCGAUCAUGUUAUUCUCACAGCUUGGCGGCGGAGCUAUCUUUAUCCCUGUUGCACAGAGUGUUUUUAUGUCCCGACUUGUGGCCAGAGUUGGAGCGAUGGGGAUUCCAGGCUUGGAUCCUCGUCAACUUAUCAGCGUGGGCGCAACGCAAUUCAGACAAAUUAUCCCCCCAGAGGAUAUUCCAAGGGUGGUUCUGGCCUACAAUGAUGCCCUGCGGCGAGCAUUUAGAGUUGGGCUUAUAAUGGCAAGUUUAUCUAUCAUUGGACCUUUGGGAAUGAAGUGGGUGUCUGUAAAAUUACAGAACCAAAAAGAGGAUAUGUCUGCAGUAGACCAUGAUAAGGAGCAGCAAGGCGGAUAA